GUCUUGGAAUGUUCACUAGUUUGUACACUUUUUUUGACUUAAUAUGAGUACAGGUAUGCAUCACAGUAAAUGUGUACUGCAAAUAAUAAGAAACUGAAAAUCUGAAAAAAGAAUAGCAGCUACAUGUAGUAAACAUUGUACAUUUAUGUGACACUUGGCAACCAAAAAUUGGGUGAUCUUCAUUACAUCCCGCUAUUGCAGACUCUCACCAUUACAGACACUAAAUGACAGUCCCGAGGUGUCCACUAUAUCAGGAGUUGACUGUAAACCAUACAAGUAAAUCAGUUGUACAGAUCUAUGUCAAAUGGAGUUUUCUCUUUGUUACAGAAAGCCAAAGAAUCUGGAACAUCAGUGCAAUUGCCUCUGGCCCAGCCACAAGAUAAGCCUCCCCAACCCACCCAGUCCCAGAAAUGGGAGCCAUUAGGUGAACCUGCUGAGCCGACACCAGCUCCUCAGGGAGCCCCCAGUGAUGAUCUUUUGCAACUCCAUGCAGCGUUUUCUGUUCCAGUCCAACAGUCAAGUUCUGCAGCUUUCUCACAAAGCCCUUCCUUCCCUCCAAGUCAGGCAUUCCCAGCUGCACAGGGUUUUGGACAGGCCCCUCCCCAGGCUGGUCCCUGGGAUGGCUCUGCUACUACAGUUUCUACAGGUUUUAGCACCAGCAGCAGCUCUACAAACCCAUUUGACAGCCAAGUACAUGAUGAUUUUGCUGCUGUGUUUGGCAGUCAGCAGACUACUGUUGACAAUACUCCAGCCAUGGGAGACAUGUUGGUUCCGACUGUGUCCAGCACAGGGGCUUCGAAAGCACCAUCUGACAGCAGCAUCAGUGGAGAUCAACCAGGAGGUUUGCAUGCAAGCCUAGAGAGAGUUGCAAAAUCUUUAGACUCAUUAUCUUUUAAUGGAAACAUCAUGGGUCCAUCUGGCAAAUCACAACACCAGUGGACUGCACCAGUACCACAGAGCAAGACAGGGGGACCAAACUGGCAGGCACCACCCACGUCAAGAACGUCGUUACCUCAAACGGGUUGGAGUGCGACAAGUCAGCCUCCCAUGCAGCAGUCAACAGGGUUCAGACCGCCCUUUGCACAACCAACUCCAGUGGGACAGCCUUUCAUGCCUGGCCAACAAGGAAUGUUCCCACAACAGGCUUCUGCAUUUCCUUCUCAGCCGUUUCAACCGCAGAGACCUGCACACCCACCAGACCCAUUUGGACCCAUUCCUGGCAGUCAGGUUAGAUUCUAAACCUAAAGCCUUGCAUGAUGGUGAAAGUGUAGGCUGGUCUGUAACAAAUCUUGUAUCUAAAUUUGUGAGAUUCCCAGUAGCUGAGCUAUUUUCUAAGAAAAAAAAGUUUUGUAACUGAAGUUUGGACUUUCGUAUUCAUGCACUCAACCUUGUUCCCAGAGUCAGCCUUCGUGAUGGCACAGGGUGAAAGAAAAGACCCUGGAAACUAGGUUGACAAGUUACCUGGCAUUCCGUCUUCACUCCCAGGUAGUUUCUAGUAGCUCUUUUCACGGUUAAAUUUUCUCAUUUGCAUUACAAUAUAAUCUAGCAUGUAUAUGAGGCAAUUUCGUGCUAUUUUGUAUUUUCAGCCCGAAAUUGCCUCGCAUCCAAGUUGGAUACAUUCUAAUGCAAAUGAGAAAAUCUAAACGUGAAAAAGGCUACUGGAUCGUCGUGUUAUGCUUCAGUAGAAGCGGGACAUGAUCGCUCAAAUAACUGCUUUCAAAGGCACUGAGAAGCAGAUGUUCGUAUACACAGGCCAGUGAAUGAAAAA